UGCAUGCAUGCGCACAGGAAGCAGCGCGAGCCCGUGAAAGACUGACGCGCUGGGGAACGGGAACGGAUCGCUACGCGUCUACGGACCCUUUCUCAUCCCUUUGAAGGGAUUUACGGUGAAAUAACGGCGGCUAAAGGAACAGUCUUGAUCAAACAAGGCAAGAGCCAGACCUUAUCCUCCGUCUUCUGAUUUUCAAGACCCCCUUUUGCGCUCGGCUCUUGGUUUUCUUUUUUAAAGAAGGGCGUGUGGUUUCCCGGAGAGAGAGCUGGUGCAUGUUGAAUACUGUGAGUUAGAUUGAAACGGUUCGGAUCGUCGCGAGGAUGGGCUGCACGUUAAGCACGGAGGAUAAGGCGGCGGUGGAGAGGAGUAAAAUGAUCGACAGAAACCUGAGAGAUGACGGAGAGAAAGCGGCCAGAGAGGUCAAACUCCUGCUGCUCGGUGCUGGGGAGUCUGGGAAGAGUACAAUAGUCAAACAAAUGAAAAUCAUCCAUGAGGCAGGCUACUCAGAGGAGGAGUGCAAACAGUACAAAGCUGUUGUCUACAGCAACACUAUUCAGUCUAUCAUCGCCAUCAUUCGUGCCAUGGGGCGACUCAAGAUCGAUUUCGGAGACGCAGCACGAGCGGAUGAUGCGAGGCAGUUGUUUGUGUUGGCGGGCAGCGCUGAGGAGGGUUUCAUGACAGCAGAGCUGGCUGGAGUGAUAAAGCGUUUGUGGAAGGACGGAGGAGUGCAGGCCUGUUUCAGUCGAUCCAGAGAGUACCAGCUCAACGAUUCAGCAGCAUACUACCUGAAUGAUUUAGACAGAAUAUCGCAGGCCACCUAUAUACCCACUCAACAGGAUGUGCUGAGGACUCGAGUCAAAACCACAGGCAUUGUUGAGACACACUUCACUUUCAAAGACCUCCACUUCAAGAUGUUUGAUGUUGGGGGUCAAAGGUCAGAGAGAAAAAAAUGGAUCCACUGUUUUGAAGGUGUAACUGCCAUCAUCUUCUGCGUGGCACUGAGCGAUUAUGACCUGGUGCUGGCCGAAGAUGAAGAGAUGAACCGAAUGCAUGAGAGCAUGAAGCUGUUUGACAGCAUCUGCAACAACAAGUGGUUCACGGACACCUCUAUCAUCCUGUUCCUGAAUAAGAAGGAUCUGUUUGAGGAGAAAAUCAAGAAGAGCCCGCUCACCAUCUGCUACCCAGAAUACGCAGGGUCAAAUACAUAUGAAGAGGCUGCCGCCUACAUUCAGUGUCAGUUUGAAGAUCUGAAUAAGCGGAAAGAUACCAAGGAGAUCUACACUCACUUCACCUGCGCCACCGACACCAAGAACGUGCAAUUUGUCUUUGACGCAGUGACCGAUGUCAUUAUCAAGAACAACCUGAAGGACUGCGGACUCUUCUAGAAGCUGGCUUGUAUCUGGUGCAACGGAAGCCAGUUUUGAUGUGCAUUUUGUUGGAGAAAGAUUGCAAGGAUAAGUAUGGAGAAAAUUGGUCUUGGACCAGUGCUGUACAUUACGCCACUUUUGUCAGCUUUAUUUAUGGUUUUUGUCUCUGGAAAUUUUAAAACGUAGCAUUUAAAAAUUAAUUGUGUCGAAUGUUCGUACAGUCGUUGCUGUCGCAGCCAUGUUGUUUAUUUUUCACCCUGACAAGUUUGUUUCUUUUAGAUGAUGGAUUUCUUUUUAUUUUGCUUUCUUGCAUCAGAGGAGUUCCCCUUUACUUGUAAAAUGUUACUUUUUCUUUUUUUUUGCCGUUGCGGUUGUUGCUAUGGGGAGAGAGGAAGAUUGUGCUUCUCAAUCCCUCAUACUGGAUGUUACUAAUCUGAGAGCACAAAUCCUCAUAUGCAUAAUGUGGGUGUGUGAGAGAGAGAGAGUGUUUGUGUAUCUGUUUGCGUGUGUAUGUAUAUAUAUAUAUAUAUAUAUAAAAUAUGCGAUGUAGUGAAAGCUAAUGGUUAAUACAGUGAGCGGUGGCCCAAACCUGCGGGUCUCCAUGGCAACAAGAGUAGACCAAACAGUCAUUUCAGAUGGAGAUGAGUCCUGUUCAGCUGUCAGUUCCGCACGCAGGACUUGGAAUGUGUCUCUCAAGCACCUGUCAUCAGACACUAGCCGCCGUUAUAACGGCUUACUGCUCGGAGAAUUACGUGUCACCGAGGAACGCAACUGAGAGACAGAGGGACUGAGAAGGGGUUCGGGAUUCACAGAGAAAAAAACAACAACAAUAUGAUAAUGUCUGCAAACAGAUGUUUGAGGCAAGCGAUACUGUUGAUUGAUUUUGAAGAAAACUGCCACCUCUGUCUGUGUGUUCUCCAUAUUGGGGGAACAUUUGUACACUCAUUUCCCUUAUUUUGCUAAUAAAAGGCAUUUACUUCCCUGAGUUGUA